CUCAUAUUUUUUUUCUCUGUCUUUCUUAGAUAAUCUAUCAUCACAUUUUAUCCGCCGGUAAGAAGAAGGAACGGAACGAACAGACUUGAGCCGCUUCGACCCGAAUCCAAAUACGGACCCCAAUCACCGCUACCUAAUCGCGCUGCGUAUUUUUCUUCGGGAUAAAGCAUAUUAAUCUGCUACCAUUCCCUUAAAUCUGGUUCUUGAGAUUCGAUUGUUGGCAUUUGAUUUGGUUAGAGAGUUGGAGGAGGAGGAGGAGGAGGAGGAAGAGGCUGUCGUCAUUUUAGGGUUUUGCUGGGAUUUCAAUACGGGGAAAAUAGGUGUGGGUUGAGAGGAUAAUGUGUAUACUGUGUGUGAUUCAAAAGUGGUCUCGCCCGGUUGCUACAAUGCUGCCUUGGUUGGUUAUACCUCUUAUAGGACUGUGGGCUCUCUCCCAGCUUCUUCCACCUGCUUUUCGUUUUGAGAUUACUUCGCCUAGGUUGGCUUGUGUUUUUGUGCUUUUGGUUACUCUCUUUUGGUACGAGAUUUUGAUGCCCCAGCUAUCAGCUUGGCGGGUGCGGAGGAAUGCACGGCUCAGAGAGAGGAAGAGGUUCGAAGCUAUCGAGUUACAGAAACUUAGGAAAACAGCCACACGGCGUUGUAGAAAUUGCUUGACUCCCUAUAGGGAUCAGAAUCCUGGUGGUGGUCGGUUUAUGUGUUCUUAUUGUGGGCAUGUUUCAAAGAGACCUGUUUUGGAUGUGUCUCUUCCACAUAGUCUGGGAACUGUAAAUACAGGUAUUAUUAAGGAUCCGGUCGGAAAAGGUGGCAAAAUACUUAAUGGAAAAUCAUGGAAUGAUAAUGGGUGGAUGUGCAAUCAGGAUUGGCUAGAAAAUGGGAAUUGGAUUGGAGGGUGUGUUGCAGGGAAAUCAAGUUAUUGGAGGAAUGAUGGGAGUGUGAUUUUCGGACGAGAUGAGCUUUGCCUGGCUGAGAACUCUUAUUCAGGUGUUUUACUUUUUUUGUGUAAGCUGCUAACAUCAUUUCUAAUGAGCAUUAGAUGGCUUUGGAGAAAGAUUUUUAGGGUUAGUUCAUCCAGGGAGGAUGCUUCUGCUGAUUCAGAUCACAGGGGCUUGUUGGCUAAGCGGGGCGAGAAUGGGGGAAAUGGUCAUGAGAGUAGAGGAGAGAAAGCACGCAGAAAAGCUGAAGAGAAGAGACAAGCAAGGUUAGGGAGAGAGCUUCUGGAGGAGGAAGAGAGAAAGCAGAGGGAGGAGGUUGCAAGAUUGGUGGAGGAACGUAGGAGACUGAGGGAUGAGAAAAUGGAGGCUGAAAGAGAUGGCAACAAAACAUCAAUGCCAGUCCGGGAAAAAGAAAGUAAAAGGGAAGCUGAGAAGAAGCGUCAGGAAAGAAGGAAAGACAAAGAUAAGGGGUCUAGUAAGAGCAACUCUGAUGCUGAGGAGCUAGAAAAGAAAGCUUGUAAGGAGGCUGAGCGGAAGCGGGACUGUGAGAAAAAGAAUGAUAUUGAUCGCAAGGAACAGAAAUCCGGGACAAAGAGUACAUCUACAAACGGUUUUAACCGUGGGAAUACUGAAACUAGAUAUCUUGAUCACAUGAGUGGUACACUUUUGUCUUCAUCUAGAGCUUUUAGUGGAGAUAGUCUCUUUGGAAGGGGUGCUGGCACUUCUAACACUACUACAAAAGAGAACAAGUUCAGUAGUUCUGCAGAUCAUGUUAAUGCUACUAUUCAUAGGAGGGAUUUAUAUCCUCCAGACCACAAAUCUGGAAAAGCAAGUAUGAACGGGGAUGAUAAGAGCAUCAGCCUUCCUGUGUUCUCUGGACCCCAGCCAAGAACAGCACCUAAAAAAUCGUGGCAGCAAUUGUUCACUCGUUCAUCGUCUCCUCCACCAUCCUCAAAUGUAAAUGUCAUCAGUAGCCCUAACUCAAAAUCUCAAUCUGAAGUACAAAGCAUGCAGUUACAGGGUCAGUUAUCAACACAAUCCUUUGAUAACCCAAUCAGUUUUGGGCUGCCAUCACCAUUUGGUGUGUAUGCAAGCGGAUCCACCAGUGGUAGUUUAGGCUUCUCACCUACAAUCGAACCUGUCUUUUCUCGCACUGGAGAAGGGCCUCAUGAUUUUAUACCUGAAGAGAUUUAUGAAGAUCCAUGUUAUAUUCCUGAUCCCAUAUCCUUGCUUGGACCCGUUUUGGAGUCCCUUGACAACUUUAAUCUGGACUUGGGGACUGGGUUUGGAACAGACCUGGGAUUGGAAGGACGUCAUGUUAUGAAGAAUCUCUCUCCUUCGCCUGAAGUCCGCAAGCUAUCUCCAAUUGAGUCUCCUUUGUCACGAUUAUGGAUGGCGGAUGAAAAGCUUAAUAAUUCCAACUGGCCGUCAGGCACCCCUAAGGUUCAAGACUUGCACGCAUUUCCUGGAAAUGAUGCAAAUGCUAAUACAAGUGAGAAAGGGACAUGGCAGAUGUGGAAUAGUUCUCCUCUUGGUCAGGAUGGUCUGGGUUUGAUAGGUGGUUCGGCAAGCUUGUUUUUACCCCCAGAGCUGAACAGAUCAAAUAUGGAAGAGUUUCAGCACCCUCCAACUCAGAAAUCUAUGACAUCAUUGUUCACAAAAGAUGAUACAUUAUUGUUCACAAAAGAUGAUCCAGUUCUCCCUGGCACUCAUUCUCCUCAUAAGGUAUUUAUGGGUAAUAGCCAAAAUGGUGGACCGUUCAGCCCUGUCACUAGUUCGGGUGAUCCUCACCCAUGGUUACAAAAUGCUUUCUUCCCUCCGUUAGCAGGCAGUGAGAACCAUUUCCCUCCCAAACCUCAGGAGGAAUGUAAUCAGAAUGAUAUGAAUAAUGGAAGUCCUAAUGGUUCCACAAUCAAUUAUUCAUGUGAGGUGUCUCUAGCAAAUUCUUGGGCCAAAAAGGAGCAGGCUAUUCCAUUUUCAGCAGAGGGUGUUGGGAGAUCGUCUGUCACAAGGCCCCAUAUUGGGAAUUUAUUUCCGAACUCAGAUGUACAGUCACUUUGGUCAAUUUAAUUAAGAAAGAGAAAUGACAGUAUGAGGGACUUGAACAAAAAUACACCUCCUGAUAUGAAGAGGCAAACAGCCUCUUUGAGAAUUUAGAAUACCGGACAGAUUGUAUCUUCCUCCUCUUUAUAAGGAAGAUUGAUGUUUACUUAACAUUAGCAUGGAUAGGAGGAAUAUACAGGGUAUGCAUUAACUUGUGUGUCAGGUAACAGGUAGGUCUCUUAUAAUUCUCUUGAAUUUCUCGUUUCAUUUCUACUGGUGGGGAAGAGGGCAUCCUUUUUUGGGAAUAUAUAUACAUAUUCUUUAUAAAGAAUGGGUUACACCCUCUAUUUCAAUUGAAUGGUUGUCUAACAAGAUGAGACUAGUAGAAGUGGCUUUCCUUCAUCA